AUGUCGAAGCCGUCAAAGGCGGGCGGCAAAGAGGGAAGCGGCUCCUCAGAGGCCGCGAAGGACGCGAGCAAGAAGGGGAGAAAGGGCGAAAAGGAUGCCGGUCCAAAGAAAGAAGAAGGAAAAAACGCGUCUGCCAGUGCAUCCAAACAUGACAAAAAAGGAAAGAAAAAAGGCGACGCGGAGCCUUCAGCUGCCGGCGACAAACGCCUCGACACUUCUGAGCCUCUUCCUCCCGGGCACAUUGAAUUGAAACCCUUUCAACGAAUGCCCAAGCAGCUUCUUCACAAUUACUGCCAGAAACACAAGCUGCCGAAGCCGCGCUUCGAGCAGAAACGGGCGAAUGCACCCGGGCACUUUCGAUCCGAAUGCGUCAUGCCGCAUGCAAAGGACGCUUCCAAGACGAUGCGGUUUUUAACAGAGCAAGACUGGGAGUUCAAGACUCACAGCGAACACUUCUCUGCUCUCCUGGCCCUGCACUUCCUUGAGCCCACACGACCCUACGAGAAACUUUUCCCUUCCCCGUUCCGUGAGGCAUGGCUAGCUCUUGCUCCCGCCCCAGCCCCCGCCAGUGAAAAACAGGCGCCGAACCGACGAUUGCCCGUUGCGUCUGCCUCUUCUUCCUCGUCCUCUUCCUCUUCUUCUUCGUCUUCUCUGUCGACUUCUGUGCCGAAACAAGGCCUUCGUGAGAAGAAAGACGUCCCUUCACAGCCAGCGGCACCUGCCUCUCCGACUCGCCCCCCUUCCUCUUCUUCCUGUUCUUCCUCCUCUUCUCCCUCUUUUUCUUCCUCCUCUUCUCCCUCUUUUUCUUCCUCUCCUGCUUCCUCUUCUUCUGCUUCUCCUGCUUCCUCCUCCUCUUCCUCUCCUGCUUCCUCUUCUUCCGCGUCUUUUUCUGCGCCGACGUUUUCGAUCAGCAGCGCGCGGCAGUUUGCGUCGGAGUAUCACCGAAAACAAGAGGCGCACGCCCAGCGUUGCGCGCGCGCACAGAGGGAGAAGAAGCGAGAGCUCGCGCAAAAGCAAAAAGAGAGUCAAGACCCUACAGUCUUUAUGGCGUCUGCAGUCCGCUGUGCCGUGCGAACGGUUCUCCUCAAGGCUCUUCGUCGACUCGCCCUCACGGCGUCUGCCUCCUCGACUUUUCCCUCUCUCUCCGCUUCCUUCCCCUGCGACAGCGUCGCGCAAAAGAGCCCGCCUCAGGUUUUCCCGCCUCUUUGGCACAGCCUCGAAUGGAGAGGGAAGUGUCGAGCGCUGCUCCUCGCUCCGGCGAAGUCGCCCUCGCCGCCCGCUCUCGCGGCGGGGCUCACCAGCCAGUUUUUAGGCGCCCUCACAGCGCAGGGAUUCCCUGAGGAUCGGGCGCGCCUCGCGGUAGACGCCUUUGCAUGCGUUCUGUGCGCCGAGGCAGGCGACGCCGGACCGACACAGGAAAGAGGGGAGAGACAAACUUCGCAAGUCUUCAGCGAGGCUCUGGAGUCCCUCGUCGACUUCAUCUGUCUCAACGAAGAGCGGGAAGACGCGCUGCCGCGCGCCUUCGAUCCCCGUGGAAAGCAAAUCGAGGUCCACGUCUUUUCAAAAGAUUCCCCGAAGGUCGAAGACGAAGAAGACUCAGACGAAGCGAGCGCCGGAGAGAGAGAAGAGUGGCUACGGGAGUGGAAGGCUGCCACGAACGGGCUGAGAGGGGACGUGAGAGAAGAGUCAAGAAGGAAAGGCGACGCGGACAGCGACUCGUCGAUGGACCGUCUUUUCCUUGCGUCGCUCGGGUCAACUGACGACGACGGCGAGCACACACACGCGAAAAUGACGCAGGCCGAGGACGAGACGCGUGCGCGGCAGGUGGAAGAAGCGGUGAAACGCCUCGAGGCUUCGCGCAAGAGCCUUCGCUCGCUGCUUCCCGAAGCACUCGCCGACUCGGCGCCUCGCCCGUCUGCCCCACAGCGGCGCUUCGACGCGGAGACGAAAGAGACAGGCGCGAAGCACGCAGGAUCUGUCGGUGUCCCUGCGAACUGGGAAGAAGAGGAGACGGCGGAACAGACCGGAGAAGCGGGUCAGGGGGCGGAUGCGAGUUCAGAAACCACCAAGCAAGUCGAAAUCGCGGCCUUCCGCUCGCUCUGUGAAGCUGCGAGUCUGUACGCGCCAGCGGCGACUCUUCUCAGGGAAUUUGAGAAGAAGCGCUGCGAGCAGAGCGACUCAGUCUCCCUUCUUUUCUACCGAGCCAUGGAGGCUUGCCAGGGUGCGAGGAAGGGAGAAGGACACCAGGGCGAGACAAAGGCGACACAGCGAGACGUGGCGUCUUCUCAAUCUCUCGAGGCGUUAAAGAGUUUGAUUCGGCAAACAGAGACGACUCAAAUGCGAUUGGACCAGCUUCUGAUUGCGGAGAAGGAAGCGGUUGAGUGUCUCUUUCCAGAAGCGUCUUACCAGGUUGUCCCCUCGGCGUCUUCGAUUCCGGGAGUGUUUGUGUCCCUCAACGUUGGGAACAUUCCGACCGAUCCUCUUUGCUCGCUUCUCCCUUCCGUUGUUUUGCCGCCUCUUCUGCAUGCAAAACUCUUCGUGUAUUCGCCGCCUGACAACGGCCUCUACCCUCUUCUUCCUCCUCUUGUCUGGGUACACCUUUCUCUUUGUUCGUCUUCUUCUUCUCCGUCUCCGUGCCUUGGUUUCUUGUCGUUCUUCCUGUCUCUUGCGGCCUCGCGUUUCGCCGUCACGCGUCUUCGCUCGCCGCUCUCUUCUCUUUUUCCUGCUGGUGCUUCCGCGUGUCUCUCUCCUGUCCAUCGCCUCCUGUGCCCCACGCAGCCAGCCCGCGGUUCCGCUUCGCCUCGCGCCUGCUCUUCGCUUCCCGACGAGGGCGCGCUUCUCGCGGCGCUGGAAGACGAAACGCUGCAUGCGUCGCUUCUGGACAUUUCCGCCUUUCUGCAGUCGCCUUCUCAGUUAAGCGAAGCCUUGCGGGAAGUCGACGCCUUUUUCUCUCCGCGAACGCGCACGGGCGAAGAACACCGCACGCGAGAAGCAGAGGAGACAGAGGAGAGAGAAGCGGAGCGACGUCUUGUGAGACGGUGGUGUGCGUGGCUGGGGCUGUGCGAGGCGGGGGAUCGCCACGAGCAGGCAGGCGGGGGGUGCGUUUUGAAGAGUAAAAGCCGAGACGAAGGCAAGCGCAGCGAGCGAAAAGGAGGUGCGAACGCCACAGAAGCGACCGGGAAGGCGAAGCCCGAGCCUCCAGAGCGACGAAAGCGAGACGAGAAAACAGCCGGAGAACCUGACGGACAGACGACUCACGUGCAUGCGAGCGAGAGAGGGGGAGGAGACUGCCAAGUCGCUCCCGGCCUGGCGAAUAACAGACAGGCGAGAGAGACAGAAAGACACUCCGGACGAAGAGAGCGCGGGAAGGAGGCGGGAGGCGACACAGACGUCUACCCUCUCGCGCCUGAUUUAUGCAAACAAAUCCUGGAUGGAAAAGUUGCAGAGAAGAGUAAAAGAGAAGCCCUCGAUCUGCCGGUCCGGUCCCAAGAAGACUUUCUUCACGAGUUCAUGACCGACGGGAGUCGCCGCGUGCUGGUGCUACAAGGGGAAACAGGUUCAGGAAAAACCACUCAAGUCCCCAGGAUCCUCCUCGAAUCUGCUGCGCAAUCGGCCCUCACCCAAGACUCUCCUUCUUCCUCUCCUUCUCCCUCUUCUUUCUCGCGGAACUGCUUGAUUCUGUGCAGUCAGCCGCGCCGGCUGGCGGCAGUGUCUGUCGCGGCUCGGGUGUCUGAUGAGAUGGGGACUUCUCUGGGCGACUUGGUGGGUUACCAAAUUCGUUUGGAGACGAAACUCUCGCGCCGCACAAGGCUACUCUUUUGCACCCACGGAGUGCUGCUCAGAAAAUUUCUCAGCGAUCGGAACCUGGCUGACGUCUCCGUCGUGAUCGUUGACGAAGUCCACGAACGAGCAACGGAUGUGGACCUUCUUUUGCUUCUCCUCUCAAGAGCUCUCGUCCGGAAUCCCAAGCUCAAAGUCGUCCUGAUGAGCGCCAGUGUGUCGGUCGAUUUCUUCGCCUCCUACUUUCGCCGUCUUCCCCUCGCCUCCCCUUUCCCCGUUACCGCCCAGCGCCGCCACGCUUCCUCCGCGUCCUCUCGCUCGCCUUCUGCGUGCGUUACGACGUUGCAUGUCCCUGGUCGCACGUACCCCGUGUCCAUUUUUUACGCGGACGACCUGCGGCGUUUCCUCAGCAAGGAAACCGGAAAACCGUGUGCCUGCGUCGCGUUCGCCCCCGCUUCUCUCGCGCCUUCCACCACCACGGCGCCGGUCGCGUCUGGGAGCGGCGCGGGCCCUGAACGGAGGCCUGGCUUCGCUGCUGCGGAGACAGGGACGGACCUAACGUUCUUCGCUUCCUCCUUCUCUUCCUCAUUCCUCAUCUCUCCACUGCCUCAGGUGAUUCAGUUGACAUGCGAACUCAUCCGCUUCAUCCACACGAGUCGCCCUCUGGCCCCAGGUCCAGCAGCCGACUCGGGCCGUGCAAACGGCGGGGGAGGCCGGCUGAGCGAGGCCCGAAGAAACCAGACGCAAGGACGAGGCGCAAUCCUCGUCUUCCUCAGUGGCGUCGGAGAAGUGAACAGUGCCUGUCGCGCAUGCGAAGACCUAAAUCUUCCGCUCUGGGUGCUGCCGUGCCAUGCCGCGCUCCCUCCCUCCCAGCAACAGAAAGUCUUCCAACCAGCCCCUAGAGGCCUUCGCAAAGUUGUCAUCUCCACCAACAUUGCUGAAACAUCCAUCACCAUUCCGGACGUUUCGUACGUGAUUGAUUCGGGGCUCCACAAGCAAAUGGAAUUCGAUUCGUGUCGCCGGCUGAGUCGGCUGCAAGAGCAAGCGAUUUCGAGGUCGGCGGCCCAACAGCGAUCAGGCCGAGCGGGUCGCGUGGCCGCAGGCGAGUGCUUUCGACUCUACGAAAAGCACACCUUUGAGAAAUACAUGAAACAAUGCGAGACUCCAGAGCUGCAACGCCAGCCCCUGGAAAAUGUCUGUUUGCAACUCAAGGCGAUUUUCCCCGAGGACCCGUUGGAGUGCAUUCUCGCGGAAUGCAUCGAACCUCCAUCGCAGGCCAGCAUUACCUCGGCCAUCAAAAACCUCGUGUGCCUGGGGGCUCUCCAGUGUUCGGCGUCGUCUGGGAGACAGUCGGACCGACACCCCAACGCGGCGAGCAGCGCGUCGCAAGAGCGCAUGCAGGAUCGAGAACGACUGACGAAUUUCGGUCGCAUUCUCUCGCUCUUCCCGGUGGACCUUGCCUGCGCCCGCAUGCUGAUCUACUCCGCCGCUCUCUCUUGCCUCGAAGAAAUGACGGCGCUCUGUUCCCUCAUGGCUGUGGAAGGCUCUCUCUACGUCUCCCACCUCGUCAAUCCCGACGCCUCGGCCAACAGGCAAAAGCAUUUUUCUCGGAGCCAGUCGGACUUCAUCACGAAUCUUCGGGUCUUCUUCACGUGGCGCAUGGCGCACCGAAAGGGGCGGAAAGUGGAGGAGCAUUUUGCCCAAAAGUUCGGCGUCAAUCCACAGAGCAUGCGGAACGCCGAAGAGCUCCGGAGACGCUUUUCGCGGCUGGUCGAGGAAGUCGGACUCGCCGACCUCGCUCUCGACGCGCAGGAAGCCGAGAAGAGACAGGGGCGAGCCUCGCUCAACCCGACGAGAAGCGAGGCAGACGCACGCGAAGAAGAAAUCGACAAGCGAAUCUGCGCGACGCUUCUGGAGCAAGAAACGCUGGCGGCGUCUCUCCACCCUGGGGGAAAUCUCGCAGAACGAGAGUCCUCUCUACCUGUCGAAGAGAAGGCGCGAGGCGCAAAAGAGGCGAAUCCCGAAGAAGGGAACAGCAGAAGCAUUUUCUGGCGCUUGAAGGCCUGCGUUGUGGCAGGUCUGUAUCCUCAAGUCGCUGUCGUUCGCGCGCCGAGAAAACGCUUCGUGCACGUCGCUUCCGGCACUCUUGAGAAGCCGCCCGAGCCGUGGGAGAUUAAAUUUUUCACUCGCGUGGAAGACGAUGCAUCCGCGCGAGAAGGCGAGGCUCCUGUCCCCUCUUCUGCGCAGGCGUCUCCGCAAAACCAGCUGCAACGAGUUUUCAUUCACCCCUCGAGCAUUAACUUUGGCAGCAACCGCCUCGAGACGCAGUGGGUGGCUUUCCUCGAGAAAGUGCAAACGUCCAAGCCGUUCAUCAAGGAAGUCUCGACAGUCUCUGUCUUUGCUCUCAUCCUUCUUUCUUGCUGCGAGAUCGAAGUGCUCGGAGCGCGCGGCCUGCUGCGCCUGGACGGGUGGAUCGACCUCCGGUGCCCCGGCUUGGUCGGCAGUUACAUCCGAACCCUGAAAAGCGUCUUUUCUUUGCUUCUUGACGACUGGUUUGCUCGCGUCCUGAAAAGAGGCGCGCUCCGGAACGGCCGCAGUCUACCGCGCCCAAGAAACGGCGACACAGCGAACCUGGUUUGCGCCUCUGCGGGAUCUGCUGGAUCUUCUGGCUCUGCUGCCUCUGGCCUUUCCUCUGCUUCGCACGUCUUCGGUUCCCGCGCAGGGUUGUUCGAGGGAGAGGAAGGCGAGAGACUGCGCAGAGAGCUGUCCUCCGUGGUCAAAACGCUGGUGGAAUUCGAAGGACACAAGCUGAUGGACGAGCUCAUGGAUUCUCAGGGCCGAGGCCCCAGCUGUGAGAGCAGAGAAGAAGCGAAGGAGGAGAAACCGGAAUGCCUCAGCGGCGACGAGGGCGAGGGAAUCGAAGGCGCGACCAAAACGCUUUAUGUCUCCAAUCUCCCGUCGCGCAUUUCCGUCGCGGAGAUUCGGCGAAUCUUCGACGAUGUCGCGGAGGUCCAGGACUGCCGAAUCGUCAGCAACCCCGUUACUCGCGAGUCGCGAGGCUUCGCAUUUGUGUCCUUGCGCGAUCCGUCCAAGUUGCAAGAGGCGAUUGAGCGUCUCGACGGGAAGGUGUUUCCUGGAGACUCGAAAAAACCCCUCCGAAUCGAACGCGCGAAACGCAACCGACCCCAUCAGCCCACGCCGGGAUACUACAAAGGACCGCCAGGAGCGAGUGUGAAGUACGACAAGUCGGGCCGUCUGCGCCCUGGCUUCUUGCCGUACUACGCGGUUGCGCCUGGAUCCUCGCGGGAAUUCCCUGCGCGCGCUUGCGGCCGCGGGGGUUCAAGUCGCGAGAACGGUCACCCGGCUGCGUCCUACGCCUCACGAUCCGCCGGCAGUCCUUCGCGAUUCAUGGCACGAAGCGCAGCGCCUUCCGCCUGGCUGCCUCCGAUGUACGGCUUCGCUGGUCGAGCUGAUCCGUACGCGUUUCACGGGACGCCCUACGAGUUCUUUCGCGGCGACGCCUUCUCGCGAGACCCAUGCCGACCGGGGCGCGCGAGCGAAGAGGGCGACUUUUUCCCUGGCUUCUUCGGCUCUGCGCCGUACCUGAUGGAUCCGAGAAUGGUGCCCGCCUACGAGGGCGACCGCCGAGAGCGUCUAGACCGGCGGGGCGUGCACAGAUCUGCUAGCGCAGCCAGUCGCGAGGAGUGGAACCGAGACAGAGAGUACCGAGGCAGAGAGAGGGGAAGAGACUACCGCCGCGGAGACAGCGGCAGCGACGGAUUCCUCGACGAACGGGGGCUGCCUCGAGACCGAGACGGCUACCCGGAGCGCAGAGCAGGGGGGCCGCCCUACUACGACGCCAGACUCGACGAAGUGUGA